AUCUCCACGACGCAGUACCUCCUGGGAUCCCCGUCUGCCAACACAAAAAAACAACAGCACACAGUUGUCAGCGGAACCUCACCUCAAACACGCGCCAAAGUUGAGAGCGAGAGCAAUUUACCCAUAAAGAAUAUCAUUACUAAGGAAACCCGUAUAGAGACGAUCAGUACCUGGAGUUUGAAUACCAGUAAAAUCCCUCAAAACUGACGUCUUCACUGUUGGAUUUAUCUACUGUGAAAUUUGUUCCUGCGUCCUGCAUUUCGUGUGUACAGUAUGUAACAGUCUAUCAACCGACCAGUCAGCCUCUGAGACACCCCUCCUUCACUACUGCUCACGUGUGUUGGGCCAGAGAGAACCAUGGCAUCAUCAAGUCACGUUAGCAUUUACUUGAAGCUCAUUAUUGUGUCAGUCAUAAUAGCCUCAGGACUGACCAUUGGUGGGGCGGUGGGGAACUCUGUAGUUAACAGGGAAAAUAACUAUGAGGAAUUAGUUUUUAGUGGGGAUGGUGGUGGUGGUGAUGAUGAUGGUAGUGAUGAUGAUGAUGGUGGUGGUGUAGCUGAUAAUGGUAACGAGAAUGUGGUCGGAGGCAAGAACAGUACAUCUCAACCUCAGUGCUUCACAAACGCCACCACCGGAUUGCGUACAUGCGACUUCUCCCACACUAAGAAAUUGGUAAAACUCUCUGAGCACGCUGGACCUGACACAAGACACCUGUUGGUCAUUGGAGCGUUUAAUCUGGACUAUUACCCAUUGUGUUUGAAGUCAGUCCUCCUCGUCAAGUGCUUCACAAUCAAUCACAUUGACUAUAGUGACCCAGCCAACCAGUGUCCUGCCCUUCAUCGGGCUGUUGUUCAAACCUCUAAUGUGACCAAGAUGGCGGGAAAGUUCCACCAAGUUGAAGUGCUCGACAGUAGCAUAAUCUCCUUGAGUCUGACGUCAGGGGCAACAAGGGGUGUAUUCACGUUCUUUCGCGUGGUCAUCCAUGAACUCUACCAACUUAUCAUUUUAGGGUUCUGUACUUUCACAUUACACUCAUCCAGGAUAUCUACCAUACAUUCAGGAGGACUUGUGGUAAAAUCUGACUCUGAUUCAUUGCACGGCAUCAACUUUUCCAAUAUCUCAAUGGUGGAAACUGAAGGUAUCUUGGUGGAGAGGGGAGAAUUGACCCUGGAGAAUGUCAUCAUCAACAAACUGGAUUUUAAGAGCAUUAUUGUUAAUGGGUCGGGAGUGUUGAUCCUGAAGAAUGUAGUGUUGAAGAUGGCGCACCCCAGAGGUCUGGUGUUGGCUGGAGGACAAAUUAAUGUGAUCAACGUCACCUGCAACAAUAUACUCCUAAGUGACGGCGUCUUCAACUCCAGCUCUAACACCGAUAUAACCAUUUUCCAGUUACCAGAUGAUGUCGUGCCUCUCACCUUCAUAGAAACCACCCUGGGAAUUAUUUUGAGCCUAAUUAUAGUCUUCAUAAUUGUAGGUAUUGUAUUUUGUUAUUGUAUAUGGUCCAAGUAUGUUGAGCCUGAACUUCUCAAGCCUGUGGCAGUCGUAUGAACUGGAUUAUACUUUACAGGAUACAGUAGGGUGUUUAUCGUCUCAAAAGACGUCAAUAAAAACAAUCGUAACCGGCGUCCCACUCACGUUUCCACACCUUCCCUUGUUGUGUAAAACAUAUAUUCAUAUCUUAAAAUUCUUCAAUCUCAUGUAUUAAAACACAGAAUAUUGAACAACUUUAGUAUUAACUAUUAUAUACAGUAUGUAUACUAUAUCCUAGACAUUAACAUAUUAUAUAUAUAUACUGUAUAUAUAUAUAUAUAUAUAUAUAUAUAUAUAUAUAUAUAUAUAUAUAUAUAUAUAUAUAUAUAUAUAUAUAUAUAUAUAUAUAUAUAUUAGGCUGUGCCUUUUUACCAUUGACAGACAUACUACUAUGCAGCAUCAUACUACAGUAUAUCCUGUGAUUCCUGUCUCACUUGGAAAAUAUGGGCUCGACAGACUAGCAUGAUAAACACUUCACAACACAAAAGAGUCAGUGUGUGUGUGUGAGCAUAUCUGUAGAGCUGGUGCUACAAGUUCAUUAUAUUAAAUAGUAUGUUCACAAUUAUUGUACCUUUCCCUACCAGAAUACUGAUUGUUUCAUCUUCAGAGCUCUGAAAACUGGGUACCAUAACCAAUAGUAUUAUUAUUAUUAAUCAUUAUUAUUAUUAUUAUUAUUAUACAACUUUUAUAAUUGCUAUUAAUAUUAGCAUUAUUUCGAUAAUUAUCACUCAUAAUAUUAUGAUAAUUAUCUCAAAAGAACAUACACUUUGAUCUUUCUCUCUCUCACUCUGUCAGAAAUGAUCAUAUUUGCAGUGUUUUGUAUUUUACUCAACAAGACGAAUACAGAGACAAGUUAAGAAAAUGUUCCAUGAAUGCUGUACAGUAUAUCAGAAUUAAAUAAGAAAAAAAACAUUA